GAAAUUUAGAUUAGUUGUUCCGAAACCGUUCUUGAAGAAAGUCGAAAACAUGAAAAUAUUUUUCGUGAGUCUUUUAGUGGCUUUAUUUUCCACAAAAUGUUACGGAAAUCCAAUUUUUAUCGAAGUUUAUCGUUGCGAAGAGUCAAAGCAUUCUCGUUGUCUUCUCAAAGAUCUUUUGAUUGAAGAAAACCAACAUUUUAUGCCGAAAUCAAAGUACCCAACUAGAAUAACUCAAGUAGUACUUUCGUCGUCAACUGUAUCAACUUUAACCUCUGACAUCUGUGACGCAUUUCCAAACUUGGAAGAACUUGAUCUGACCGGGGUUUCACUGAAAUCUAUACAAAAAGGUGCCCUCAGCUCUUGCAAAAAGCUAAGAGAUAUUCGUUUACAAAAUAAUUUGUUAUCACAACUGGACAACGACCUCUUUCGUGAGAACAAAUUAUUGUCUUCUAUUGAUUUAAGCAACAAUAAAUUGAAGUGGAUUCCUGAAGAUCUUUUCAACGGUUUGUCUAACCUAUUGAUGAUCGAUCUAAAUGCAAAUGAAAUUUCACGUUUGCCAUCAAAGAUUUUUGAUGGCUUGAAAUCCAUGGAGACUCUAUUUGUCGGAUAUAAUCCUCUGUUGUCACUCGAAGUAGAAAAGUUCAAAGAAAAAAUGCCACAAUUGGCAAAUCUCAUCUUCUUAGAUGUCGAUUUGUCCUGCGAUCGAAUGAAGGAAAUUAAGGACUUUUGUGAAGCAAAUUCAAUUAAUAUGGAAGUCAAUGACAAUCCUCAUUCUGAUCGUGUUCGAAGCAACACCGUUUCAAGCAUCCUUUAUAAAACGAUUCAUGAUCCUCAUUAUGUAGAAGAUGUUUGGCAUGUAGAAAGAGAAAUUAGAUGGAAGUGUUUGAGCAACGAACAGCACGAACGUGAAGUUUUACUCCGAGAAACUCUUCCGAAAAUGCUAAGUGAAGCUAACUUUGAAAACCGAGGAUUAGAAAUGGAACGAAAAUUCGAUGAGCUGAACGCUCAAUUUGAAAUGAAGAUUGCAGAAAUGAAGAACAAAACGGAAGAGGUUGAAGCAACUUACCUCAAAAAGAUUUUUGACGGUCAAACUUUCAUGUUGAACCUUUUGAAGAAGAAAUUGGAGGAUCAAGAUGCUAAAAUAGAGAAUUUGGAAAAAUUAUUAACUACGUGAAUUAAAACUUUAAAUUUUAUUUUAAAUUGAAAUAAAAAAUAUUAAUUUCAUCAAUUUGAAAAAAA